CCUACGGCGGAGCCUCCAGUGGAGUUAGGGGGCAGACUCUAACAACUCCGAGCCACAGGACGCCAGAAACCACGCAGGGUGAAGCAGCCGUAACUGAACAACGGUGUGAGACAAGACAAUCCACGGAAUAAAGAGAGUCAGCAGAAAGAAUACGUCAAUGAGGAAGUGUUCCAGCUCACAGAGAGCCCAAACACGGGCCUCCAUGACCACAGAGUAUCAGGAGAGGUUCCUCCCUCCCUGCUGCAUUAAGACGGUCAUCUCAACCCCAACACAGAGAGACCUUUGCCAUCCUCUGAGGAGUGGAGCCGGUAUGACCAUGAUUAGGAAGACCAAAGACCACCAGAGGUGCAGCAGCGCUCCACACAAUCCUGCUUCCUAUGCACUAAACCAGCUGGCAUCCAAGAUGGAGGACUACACAUCGGUGUACAAAAAUGAUUUCCAAGCAUGGAAAACCAACCAGAGCCUGCCAUACAGACUGCAUGAGAGCUUGAAAGUCAACCAAGGAUUAGCUGUCACAGGCGACAGCAAGGAUCGUUCACACGAUAGUUUUGUUCAGGUCUAUACCAACUCCAAACCAUUUGAAAGCAUCACCAGCUACAGAUCAGAUUAUGUCGCCCACUCAUUGCAGCCCAGGACACGCAGAGAGAAGCCUGCAAACCAAACCAGCAAAGAUCUGCUGUCAGAAUCCACAGCGUCCUUUAGGCCAAAUUUGGUUUGGCAAACAAACCCAAAACUUUUUGACAGAGCCAGCGAAUUAUAUCAGCAAUUCAAGAACUGCUCCCUUGAAAACAAGCACCACUGCCAAGAUAAAUUCCAAGUGUCCAGGCCACCAGCAGAUCACGACGCCUAUCUCUCCACCACACAUGCCGUUUACGUACCACACAAGUGCGAGCGCACCAGGCCAAUCCUGCCAUCUGUGCUUCACAGUAAGAAAAGCAAGGAGCCCUUUCUUGCAACCACGACCAUGAAGGAGGAUUACAGAGCUUGGAACGUGCCGCAACGCUUGUUGGCCAGAGAGACGUGGAACGGCCCGGGAAAACCAACUUUACAAUGUGCACACCUCCAGACUUCAAACAAAGCCUUUGUGCCUCCAUCCAAAACUGAAUGAGGCUGCUGUCAUUUCAGCUGCAGCACCACACACAGACCUCAGACUCCUGCUGGGAAAAGAGCAUGUUCUCCAGCAUUAAACAGGGUUGAUCACAAAUAUACAUGUUCCUGAUAUUAAAUGGUGUACUUUUCUUUUUAACAAUUUGCAUUUUAAACAGCUGCUUUGUCAGUAACUUGGAGCUAAAUCUUUUGAGUCCAACAUUUCAACUGGAGUGAUCACUCCAUCUGAACUGCAGUUGCAACAGUUAAGUGAACUAUUUUUAGUGUGGGUUUUCGCUUUAGUGUUAUCUGCUUUUUCAUCUUUAUGUUCUUGUUUCUUUGCUU